GGAACGCGUCCUAUCGCAGCCCGUGUUAGCGUCAUUCCGCGCGGUUUCGUCGCAUCAGUUUGACGCUCACGUUCCAACGUUGAAGUGUAUUUGCUAGAAUUUGUUGUGUUAAAACUGUGUUAAACUCAAUAACGGGGUUUAUGGGCACGUCCGUGUUACUAUAACGGGAUUGGCACGGGAAGUGAUUCUAAUCAUUUAAAGUUCGAAUGUCGUGAUAAAAAACUGGUGCGUGCAACUGCGACACCUACCAACCGCUGCGUUUUAGAACUACGUCUGACCAAACUCAACUGUAACAUGGUCGGAUGGUUGGUGCUUGGCAUUAACCAAUCUGAAACGUCUAUUAUUAGUAUAAAAGUGAACAUGUCGACAUAUUCGCUGGACGCAGAGAAGUUCAUCGCAGAAAUCAAGAAGCAUAGAGAGCUGUGGGACGUGGACUCCAAGGGCAAGCCCUUUAGGAACAGCGCCAAGGAGAAGGCCUGGUGCGCGGUCGCCAGGGUUUUCAUUCAGGACUUCGACGCGCUCACUAAACCCGAACAGGCCGAAGUUUAUCGCAAAUUAUACAACAAAUGGCGCAACAUCCGGGACGCGUACGUCCGGAACGUAAGGAGCACACGCGUUAAUAAGUCCGGCGGCUACAUUUUCAUGAAGCAACUCACAUUCCUCGACACCCGGUACAAACCCAACCCCAACGGCUCUAACAAGUGCGACGACCAAUCCAACGACCCGACCAGUGACGAAGAAGAUGACGCUAACAACGAAAACAACUCGGGCGAAAGCGAUGAACCAUCUGUCAUAGAGCACCUUAAACGCCGCAGGGUUUCAAAGAAAAGGAAAAAAAUAGAAAUCGUUAACACAUCGAGCACAGACACGGGUUACGUCGAUGAAAGCCGACGGAAGAAUUGGCCAACCAUAGAAAUAGUCGACCCAGCUAUGAGCACUAUGACUACGAUGCCGUGUUCGGAAUUCGAAAACCCGAUUUCCAUGUCGCGACUCAACGAAGAAGUCGGUAGCGAAGUUGUGUCGGUUGCGACGUUCGACGAAGACCGUUCCUUCUUUGAUUCAUUACUACCAGCAGUGCGGGAGUUCGACAUGGAUCAGAAACUGAAGUUCAGAUACGAAGUUCUGAGAACAAUCAAAGAUAUUCGAUCGAGCGACCAGAGCCAGGCUUGUAAACCGGAGCCUACGUCUGCAUAUUAUAUUGAAUAGUAAUGGCUUGCUCUAAACUGGGUGCUAAAUAUAUGAAUGUGUUGGAAUAAUAAAUUUGAAAUAUAGAAUAGAGUCAAUUCCUGGCAGUUUUCCAUGGCAAUUUUUUUUUUAACUAUUUUAGAAUUCGAAGAUUCUAAAAUAGUUAAGUUUUGAAUUAAUUUUAAAAAUAUACUGCGAACUAAGUUGCAUUCUCACUUCAAAUCCAACCACCCCAGACUUUUCAAUAAUUUGUAGAAAUUGAAAACAUUUGGCACGCUCUAAAAUUGUGAUAUUUGCUAAAAUCCUUCUAUCGUAAAUGGUAACGCAAUUUAGGUAUGUUAUCCUGUAAAAAUUUUGAAUUUUUUUAUUACAGUAAUAAUUUCGAUCUCA